AUGUCAGCAGCACUUAAACCAAUUAAAUUAUAUACCUUGAACACCCCAAACGGAGCCAAGCCAUGGAUUUUAUUAAAGUUGUUAGAUCUUCCAUUCGAAGCAAUCAACGUAAACAUUAGAAAGGGUGAACAAUUUGAAGAUGCCUUUGUAAAGAUUAACCCAAAUAGCAAGAUCCCAGCACUUGUAGACCCAAACAAUAUUACAGAAACCUCUGAACCACUAGUUCUAUGGGAAUCAGGUAAUAUUCUUUUGUAUUUAGCCAAGAAAUAUGGAAAGGGCAAGUAUUUGCCAAACGAAGAGACACGUCCACAAGCUCACUAUGAAACACUCAACUGGGUAUUCCUACAAAUGAGUUCGGUAGGUCCAAACAUGGGCAACCUUAACCACUACAAAAACUAUGCUCCAGAAAAGAUUGAAUACUCUAUCAAUCGUCACUUUACCGAAGUUAAACGUCUCUUUCACUUGUUGAACCGUCAACUUGAAAAGAACUCUUAUGUUGCUGGUGACGAGCUAUCUAUUGCCGAUCUUGCCAUCUACCCAUGGAGCAAGCUUAUCACAUUGGUUCCAGAACUCACCGAACAAGAGUUUCCAAAACUCUUUGAAUAUCAUUCUCGUCUUGCCAACCUCGACGCCGUCAAAGCAUACGUCAAAUACGAUGAAGAUCUCAAAGCUGCCAACCCAGUCAAAACCUUCACCGAUGAAGAACGUAAAGUCUUGUUUGGUCGUGACAAGAUGAGUAAUCAUCAUAGUCAUCAUAGUCAUCAUAGUCAUGGUCAUGGUCAUGGUCAGGGGUUCAGACCACCACCGAUAUCGACACGUGACAAACCUAUUGACUUGGAUGACGACGAUAUUGAUAUGUCGCUGUCACGUAAUAUCAAGGGUUACUAUGGCGACGACACGAUAGACGGCAGCAGCAGCAACGACGAAGAUGCAAAGUACAGCCAGAAGCUGAGCCAGCUGCCAUCGCCAUUCACCAAUGCGUUGUCUGCAACCGGCGCAUCUUCAAUUGGACGGUCGUCCUAUAUGAAGCCACUGUCUCUAGAGGAGCAACAACACCAGCAUCACCAUCUCCAUCAUGAGCAACAACAACCGUCUGCCCGCAGCGGUGGACAUCACCAUCACCAUCCUUUCCAAGCAUCGGGACCCGGGUUCCCCAGUCUCUCCUCAUUUCCUUCACAAGAGCAUUCUAUCGACAUACGGUUACCAAGUAUAAUGGACAAUGGUAACAGAGUGCAACAACAACAACCACCUCCUUCUAAUAUUCCACCUCAACAACAACAACCGAGAAACAACUAUAGAAUUAGUGAUUAUUCAACUCCAUCACCAACUACUACUACCACAACGACAACCACAACGACAACAGGUGGUAGAGGAGGAGUACGUGAUCCAUUUUAUAAUCAAUAUAGCCGAUCGAGAUCACCUUCUCCCACCACCAUUCAACCAUUUACAACUUUUAAUCCAUUUCAAUCGAAUACCAAUACCAAUACCAAUACCAAUACUCUUGUUGCUGCUAUUCCUUCUUCCCAUCAUCAACAACAACAACAACAACAUAACGAACAAAGAGGUAGAGAAAGAGCAAGAUCAGUUCGUGGUGAAAAUGAAAGAAGACCAAGAUCAAGAGAAAGAAAUAAUAAUAAUAAUAAUAAUUAUGAAACUACAUCUUAUCCAUCGAUUAAUCAACAACAACAACAAAGAUCACCAUCAAGAUCAAGGUCAAGAUCAAGAUCAAAUUCAAAACUUCGAUCUAUAUUUAAUAGUAUUCAUAGUCAAAACAAUGGUGAAAAUAAUGGUGAAAUGAAAUCAAAUCCAAGUUUUGAAUAUCAAUUACAACCUCCUCCUUUUUAUCAACAACAACAACAACCAAAAGGAGGUCAACAUCAAGUUCAACAACACCAACAACAACAACAACAAAGGUCAUCAUCAAAACCAACCUCUUCAUCUACUACUAGUAGUCAAGUUCCACCUUUACCAUUAUUACCAAAAUCAUAUAAACAUUCGUCGUCAUCAUCUCAAUCAAAUUCUUCACCUAGACAAUCACCUUCAUUACGUGGACUUGGUAGCGGUAGCGGUAGUAGUGGUGGUAGUAAAAAGAUUUCAAAAAGACAGAAAAAGGAAAUUAUGGAUUUACUAUCGGAACAUGAUAGUGAUACAGUAUCUUACCCCAUCCCUGCAAGUCUUACUAGUUCUUCUUCUAAAAUAUUUAAUGGUCAAUAUAAUCAACAACAACAACCACCACAACAACAAUCAAAUUUAUCUUUACAACAACAACCGCCACAACAAUCAUUACAACAACAACAACAGGCUCAACAAUAUAUACCAUUUUAUGAUAGUGAUAGUGAAGAUGCAAUUACAGAAGGAGAUUAUUAUAAAAUGUUAAAAAUUCAUUCAAAAGAUAAAGAUAAAUCUUUAAAAAGAAAGGAAUUAUUUAAAGAUUUAAAAGAUAUUGAUGAAUUUGAAGAAGAAUUUGAAAAAGGAAUAGUUGAUGAUAAAAAGGAUAAAAAGAAGAAAAAGUUAUUAGAUAUUUUGGAAAAGGAAUUAAAUGAUGAUUCUUUACCUUCUCAAUUUUCAAAAGGAGGAGGAGGAGACCAAACUAAAACUAAAAAGAAAUCAUCCUAUACUUCUUCUUCUUCUUCUUCGUCAACAUCUUUAUCAAAACAACAACAGCAACAACCAUCAAAUGUACAAUUCCAACCAUCUCAACAACAACAACAAAAAACAUAUAGUUCAAUUUCAAGACCACCUGCAUCUAUUAUACAACAUAAACAACAACAACAACAGCAGCAACAACAACAACAACAACGAUUAAAUUCUUCUAUUCCUCCUUCUUCGUCCUCUUCUUCUACAUCUAGUUCAACAAAAAGAAAAGGAAAAUCAUCAUCAUCUACAUCUACAUCUACAUCUACUUCUUCAACUUCAGUACCAUUAUUAAAUCAAGAUUUUUCAGAUGAAGAAUUUGAAGAAAUGUUGGAAAAUGAAAAGAAAAGAAAGAAACAAAAAAAGAGAGAAACUACAUCUACUUCCACCUCUACUUCUACUUCUACAACAAAAGGUUCUCGUUCUACAUCUGGUAGUGAUCGUGAAUCUAAUUCUAUGGUUAGAGAAACAACAAGAGAAAGAGAAUCAAGAGAGAUGAGGGAGAGAGAAUCUAGAGAAGCAAGAGAAAGAGAAUUACAAAGAGAAAGAGAAAUGUUGAGAGAAAAGGAAUUACAGAGGGAAGAGAUGAUACGUAAAAAGAGUAAUUCAAUGGGAUGUAAAUAUGGAUAUAUUAAAACAUUGGAUACAUCAUUUGAUAUGAAAUGGAGUAAUCUAAUCAAAAAAGAAUUACCCAAAGUACAAAGAAAACAUGUUUCCACGUUUGAAAAUGGUUUAAACAAUUGUAGAAAGGUGUCGUAUCUAAUGAAAACUGAAGUUAAACGUCGUCAUCAGAUCAAGUUGCAAAAUGCCACCAAACCAACCAAGGAUCUUCAAUUGAGAUCUAAAAGGUUGGUCAAGGAAAUGGGUCUCUAUUGGAAGAAAUAUGAAAAGGAUGAAAGAGAAGCCAAGAAACGUUUGGAAAAGGAAGAAGCUGCCAGCCGUAAACGUAGAGAAGAAAAACGAGAAGCCAAACGACAGAAAAAGAAAUUAAAUUUUCUCAUUACCCAAACUGAACUCUAUAGUCAUUUCAUGUCUAAAAAGUUGGGUGACAGCCAAACAACAUCUACUGCAGCUGCCACUGCUGCCAAUCUUGCUGCCAAACAAAAUUUAGAUGAUUCCGACGAUAGUGAUAGCGAUUUUGAAGAUGACGAUGAUUCAGAUGAAGAAUUGACAAUUGAAGAAAAACAAGAAGAUGAACGAUUAAAACAAGAAGCUAUCAAAAUUUCACAAAAGGCUGUUGAACAACAAUUGGCAAUCACUAAAAAUUUCGAUCAAGAUGUUGAAAAAUUAAAAAGUGAAAAGGAUCCUGAAGAUCAAGAAAAUGAAAAAGAAGAAAUUCAAGAAGUUUCUUCUUCUUCUUCUAUUCCUCCAUCAGAUUCAAUUAUACAUGAAAUUAGUGGAUCAGAAUUACUUGGACAACCAAAAAUGUUAAAUGCAGAAUUGAAAUCUUAUCAACUCAAAGGUAUGAGUUGGAUUGUCAAUUUGUAUGAUCAAGGUAUUAAUGGUAUAUUGGCAGAUGAAAUGGGACUUGGCAAGACUAUUCAAUCGAUUGCUGUACUUGCUCAUUUGGCCGAAGAAAAGGGAAUCUGGGGACCAUUCCUCAUUGUCACGCCCAAGUCUACACUUCACAAUUGGAAGAAUGAAUUUGCAAAGUUUGUACCACAAUUUAAGGUUCUUCCCUACUGGGGUAAUCAAAAGCAACGUACUACAUUGCGAAAGUACUGGAAUCCCAAAAAGUUGUAUGGUCGCAACUCUCCAUUUCACGUACUCAUCACUUCUUACAAUGUGAUGGUACUUGAUGAAAAAUACUUUCAUCGUAUUCGAUGGCAGUACAUGGUACUAGAUGAAGCACAUGCCAUCAAAUCAUCUAGUUCAAAUCGUUGGAAAACACUCAUGUCAUUUAAUUGUCGUAAUCGUCUAUUGCUUACUGGUACACCAAUCCAAAACUCAAUGGCAGAGUUGUGGGCACUAUUACAUUUUAUCAUGCCAACACUCUUUGACUCUCAUGAAGAGUUUGCUGAAUGGUUCUCUAAAGACAUUGAGAAUCAUGCUGCUGUUGGUGGUGGUCUUGACGAACAUCAACUUAAUCGUCUUCAUCUUAUUCUCAAACCAUUCAUGUUGCGUCGUAUAAAGAGAGAUGUAGAGAAUGAAAUGCCACCAAAACACGAACUCGAAGUGUCUUGCUCAUUGACGGUCCGUCAAAAAAAGUUGUAUGCAGGUUUGCGUGAAAAGAUUACACUUUCCGAGCUACUCGAUAAUAGUUUGUCAGAGAGUGGUAUGAAACAUCUCAUGAACCUUGUCAUGCAAUUUAGAAAGGUUUGCAAUCAUCCCGAACUUUUCGAACGUAGUGAGUGUCGUUCUCCCUACCUCUUUCAAGAACCACCCGACUUUGACUCUAUCCCUCCUCCCUAUACCGAGCAUAUUGCCGAACAUCUUCGUACACUCCGUACAGUCAACCACAACCCCAUCACCUAUACCCUUCCAAAAUUAAUCUAUCGACAAGGUCAACCAGCUCUACCUAGUUCUUAUAGUUUUGAUGAUUCAAAAAGUAAAUUAUUUUUUAAUUUAUCUUUAUUUAAUAAUUUUAAUAUUCAUCGUUCUUUGGAGAAUGAAAAGGAGGAUGGAUCAUCUAUAUUUUCAUUUUCAAGAUUUAUAAAUCUUUCUCCAAGUGAUUUAACAAAUUUAAAUCAAAUGUCAUUAUUGGAUUUAUAUUUGGAUUAUGAAUCUUUAAAAGAACAAUUAUAUCCAAUUUUAAAUCAUAUCUUUGGAGAAAAAGAGGAUAAAGGACGAUAUGGUAAUAUUAAAACAAGAUGGAUGUUGUUGGAACCAACCAUAACAAAUUGUUUGGAACAAGUAUUGGUCAAUGUAGCACCGGAAUUGGUCAUGUCACCAACUCAAAGAUGUUUUUCAAGUUGGUCGAUUUUACAAUCAGUCUAUAGAUUAUAUCCAAAAUCAAUUGCUCCACCAAUUGAAUGUCUUUGUUCAGAUCGUCAAUUUACAAUCUCUCAAGAUCAACAACAAUCAUUUUCUCAACUUGAAAAAUUAUUAUUAUUUGGUAUAAAUAAUCAAUCAAUUUAUAAACAAGGAAAAUUAAAAGAUGAUGAUGAUGAUGAUGAUGAAGAUAUGAUGGUUUCAAGACAAUUAAAUGGAAAAGAUAUAAUGUUUUCUUAUGAUGAUUAUCAAGAAAAGAAUAUUUAUCAACUUGCACUAUCUAGUAAUAGUUUGAUUAAUAAUUCAAAUUAUAAUAGUAAUGGAACAGCAAAAACAAAUUUAUUAUCACAAAAUACAACCACCAAAUUAUUAUCAUCAUUUGAAAGUAAUGGUGGUCUUUGUGGUGGAUUGUUUAAAAUCUUUGGUUCAUCUUCCAUUUGGGUACCUUCCUUUUCAAAAUCCCUUUCCGAUAGUGGUAAACUUCAAGUAUUGGAUAAAUUACUUAAAAAUCUUAAAAAGGAAAAUCAUAGAGUUUUAAUUUAUUGUCAAAUGACUAAAAUGAUUAAUAUUUUAGAAGACUUUGUAAUAUUUAGAAAAUAUAAAUAUCUUAGAUUAGAUGGAUCAUCAAAAUUGGAAGAUAGAAGAGAUUUGGUAGAUGAUUUCCAAAGUGAUCAAUCGAUUUUUGUAUUUUUACUUAGUACUCGUGCUUGUGGUAUUGGUAUUAAUCUGACGGCUGCCGAUACUGUCAUCUUUUUCGAUAGUGAUUGGAAUCCAACCAUGGAUGAACAAGCUAUGGAUCGUUGUCAUCGUCUUGGUCAACAACGUCCUGUCACUGUCUAUCGUCUCGUCACAAAGGGUACCGUCGAGGAACGUGUCAUUAAACGUGCCAAACAAAAACAUCAAAUUCAAUCUAUCGUCAUUGCUGGUGGUAAAUUUGAAAAUGAAAUGAGACCUACUGAAGUUGUCUCUUUCCUCCUUGAUGAUGAUGAAGUUGAAGAGAAAUUGAAAACACAGAUUGAUCCAUUAACAGGAAAGAGAAGAGGUAAAACAGGAUUAACACCAAUUGAAGAUAAACCAUUUUCACCAAGUGAUAUUCCAGCUGUUAAACAAACACCAAAAGGUAGACCUCCCAAAUCUGUCGACAGUUCAAAACCACCAGCCAUUCCAAAAGAACCAUCAAAGAAAAAGAGUUCAAAAGUUAAAAAAGAACAAGAGAAUAAUAAUAAUAAUGAAACAGGCAAUAAUAGUAAUAAUGAUGAAAAGAAUACAACAACAGGUAAAAAAUCAAAAAAGAAUAACAAGGAAACAAAUGGUAAUGAUGGACAACCAAAACCUCCUCCUAAACCAAGAGGUCCAAGAAAGAGUAAAAAUGCUGCAACCAAUAAUAAUAAUAAUAAUAACAAUAAUAAUAAUAAUGUUACAAUAUCAAACAAUCCGAAUCUUUCACCAACCAUUUUAUCAAAUACAACUUCACCAAAAUCAGAAUCUGUAAAUCAACAACAACAUCAACAACAACAACAACAACAAAUACCUCCUAUAAAUAAUAAUAAUAAUAAUAAUACUCAAUGA